AUGUGCACGUUUGGUGAUCGCACAAUUGUGAAUUUCAGAAUUUUGUCAUUCCACAGUUGUGCAUUCCAGACCGAUGCAGGGAAAAAGAAGUGCAAAUUCAACGGAAAUAAAUUCAACAUAGGAGAGGAAGUCCUUGAUCUCGCUGGUCACUGCUGUUCCCUCAUGUGCUCAUCUGACGGAGGAAAAGGCAGAAAACCGAGCGCCAUUUUGACUUUCCAAUUCGCGAGCCUCACCUCCUGUACUUGUCAGUCAACCUCUCGCUCUGUCCUCAACCUCAAUGAUGUUCUAAACGCGCGCCAACUCAAGCUUUGGGGUUCCGAAGGCAACCUGAAACCGAAGCCUCAACCGGAACGCAGAGCGAAUCACGGAUCGAAUAGCAACGGCGCGAAAAAAUCCGUCUCCGCCCGCGCCCGCACCCCCGCGCCCGCACCCCCACCCGCACCCUCACCGACCCGAGAAUGCAAAGAUUAUGCUGAUUCCUUCACGCCGAGUCACUCCAUCUGCCAGCCGAAGAACAAGGCAUGCGGCAUACACAGGGAGGGUGUGAGCGAGGAGGAGAAGAAGCUGAUAUUGAAGGAACAUAAUGAAUAUAGGGCUAAGGUCGCGCGGGGGGACGAGAGCGAAGGCUCGCCGGGCCCACAGCCUUCAGCCGCCAACAUGGUGGAGUUGGUCUGGAAUCAGGAGCUGGCCGACGUGGCACAGGCUUGGUGUAAUACCUGCCCCUCAACCCACGACUGCAAUGACUGCCGGAGAGUGUUUAGCAUUGAUGGCUUCGUGGGUCAAAAUUUGUACUGGCAUUUUGCGUUCCAGUCAGAUCAGGUCUGGAGUCAAGCACUGAAGGCCUUCUAUGAUGAGGUGAAGUUUGUCCCCAAAAUUCUGGUGGAUAAGUACCUGACAGUUCCCACGGCAGGACCGAUUGGCCACUACACCCAGAUGGUGUGGGCUGAAACGAGGGAGAUGGGCUGUGGCGCUGCCUACCACGGUCCUUGUGCAGGAAGUUUCCCAGAGUGCAAGACGUACUGUUGCAACUAUGGUCCUGCAGGAAAUAUUUUGACGAGGCCUAUAUACGAACAAGGUCCUGCAGCUUCUAAUUGUCCAAAUGGAAAAUCUGGCAAUUAUGAUGGGCUCUGCAAACCUUAAUUUCUUUUGCAAUUUGCAUAUUUCAGUGUUUCUCUUCCUGGUUUAUGGAAAAAGAAUAUUUUAAAAAAUAUGUUGUGAAGCUUCCAGCUAUCGUUGUGCGAAAAAUAAUUUUUCUGGAUUUAAUAAUUAGUCAGUUUUAAUUCACUUUUUUUUGUAAAAAAAAUCUCAGAAUAUAAGUUACAUAAUAUCGUUA